ACUCCUACUCCCCCCUUUCCUUUCUCCUUUUUAAUUACGAACACUUUACGAACAAAUUAGGCAAAGAUUUUUAGCUUCUUUUUUCGUAAUCCCCGAUCUCCCUCUGAAAAUUCGCCCCCCCUCACUCCCUCCGUCCAAACGCAGUCAAAGAAAAGAGCACGCAAACCAUUCGCACAACCUGAGCUCUGUGAUUUGCAAUGGCGUCGUCCAUUUUUGUAGAUCUCGAAACCCUACCUUUCUUCUUCUUCUUCUUUUAAAGAUUCUUUUAAAGAUUCUUCUCCUUUCUUCUUCUGUUUUGAUAGAAGUAGAGAUUUCGGUUUUCUUUAAACAAGUUCUAGCUGCUCCGGUAAGGUUCUGUGCUAUUUUGCCCUACAUUUUGCGUUCUGGAUUAUUCCAGAUCGAGUUCAUGGUGGUUCCGUUAUGCUUCGAUUUCGGUUUUAUGAGAUUCGAAUUUGUACUUGAGAGAGUCUGUUUAUUUGAUUGUGAUUUUGUUUCUGUUUUCAGUGGUCCCGGAGGAGUCAUUUAUUAAGGUUUCCGAUUUCAUUUUAGGAGAGAAUGAAGUUGGCCAAGUGUAGUCAGUGAAGGAAGAGAAGUAAGAAAUGGACGAUAGAGGAGGAGGAGGAGGAGGGUCGUUUGUCGCUGUAAGGAGGAUUUCUCACAGUCUCGAGCGAGGCAACGCCUGCCAUUCAACCUCUGCUGAGGUUGUGGCAGGAUCAGCAGCAUGGUUGGGCCGAGGUCUUUCCUGUGUUUGUGUGCAGAGAAGAGAGAGUGACGAUUUUCCUUCAUUUGAUUUAACACCUGCCCAGGAAGAAUGCUUGCAAAGGCUCCAGAACCGUAUAGAUAUUGCCUACGAUAGUUCAAUCCCCGAGCACAGGGAUGCUUUGAGGGCUUUAUGGAAUGCUUCAUUUCCUGAAGAAGAACUUCACAGCUUGAUAUCUGAGCAAUGGAAGGAAAUGGGUUGGCAGGGGAAAGAUCCAUCAACUGAUUUUAGGGGUGGUGGUUUUAUAUCACUGGAGAACUUAUUGUUUUUUGCUAGGAAUUUCCCGAAAUCCUUCCAGGAUCUCCUUCAAAAGAGGGAAGGUGAUAGAUCUGCAUGGGAAUACCCAUUUGCUGUAGCUGGUGUGAACAUCACAUUCAUGCUCAUUCAAAUGCUUGAUCUUGAAGCAGUUAAACCCCGCACAAUUGUUGGAGCAACUUUCUUGAAGUUCCUUGCAGAAAAUGAGUCAGCAUUUGACCUUCUCUACUGCAUAACAUUCAAGCUUAUGGAUCAGCAGUGGCUCUCUAUGCAAGCAUCCUACAUGGACUUCAAUACAGUGAUGAAAGCCACAAGACGUCAACUGGAAAGGGAACUUCUGCUUGAAGAUAUAACCCGUCUGGAAGAGUUACCCUCCUAUAGCCUUCUUGCUCGAUAGAGUUGCUGGUCCGAGAGUUAACAGAUGGCAUGUACUGGCAAGAAGAGAACCCUCUUUCACUUACAAUCUCUCUUUCUUUUGAGCCAGAUAUUGUAAAUGUGAUGCAUAUUUUAAAGGGUGUUCCCUUCUUGAUUGUUUAGGAAAAAUAGAUUUUUGAUUUCAGCUUUCUGUCCGAUUUAUAAACAAAGGCAGAAAAUUAAUUAGGGGGUUGGUAAUGUUGAGAAUAACAGAAAUUGAUUCCU